AUGCCCAAGAAAGCGGUGGUCACCAUACGCUACGGACCCUACAGCGCGGUGGGCCUGGCCGUGGAGCACCGCACUUUCCGCCUGGAGGGCCUGCAAGUCGUUUUGAAGAAAGAUGGACACCAGCUUAUCCUGGAGAAGAUGGACGACUGGAACCUGGUGGAGCUGGUGGUGAACGGGGAAGUGGUGUUCCAUUGCAACAUCGAAGACCUGGAGUUCGGAGGUGACGGGAAACUGGACACCCUGUGCGAAGAGGCGAGGAUAGCGGUGCUGAAUGCCUACUGA